GGUCAUUUCUUGGGGCUGUGACCUGCUUCCCUCCACUCGUUAACCACCUGUGACGGCAAAUAGGAAAUCUCAAACAUUUAUCAAGCAGAUUUUCACUGGAAAAGCAGCUAUUUCUAUCACUUUUAAGAAGGCGAGGAUGGAGGAAUUUUCUAGUGAAGAGGGCUCUUUCAACUCUGAAGAGGCCAGUAACUCCGUGAAAGAGUGUAUUCAGAGUAUCAUUGGAGAAGAGAGCUACAGACAGGACACUGUGAACCAGUGGACAGCCCAGAUUGUGGAACAAGCCCUCACCCUGCUGGUCAAACAGACUAAGUCAUACAAGUACAUUGUUAGCUGUGCUGUCAUGCAGAAGAGUGGUGCUGGUCUCCACACAGCUAACUCCUGCUACUGGGACACUGUUACUGAUGGGAGCUGCACAGUGAAAUGGGAGAACCGCACCAUGUACUGUGUGGUCAGUGUGUUUGCUGUGGCCUUAACCCCCUAGACCAGGACCAACCCUGAUACUGCUUAUAGAAGGUGCAAUGCUUCACCCAUCCUGAAGGGGAGCUAUUCAGUAAUCAGUAGCUCACUGUACGUUCUAUGCUGAAUGGGACAAGCAGCGAUACGGCUAUAGAUGUGAUAAAGGGGUCAAUGGAACUCGACCAAAACAAUGGAAAUGCGUGUAGGAAAGAUCCCGACUCUCCUAAUUGCCCUCCAGAAAAAUGUGGUUAUUUGUAUAUUUAUAAUAUAAUAAUAAUAUAUGCCAUUUAGCAGACGCUUUUAUCCAAAGCGACUUACAGUCAUGUGUGCAUACAUUCUACGUAUGGGUGGUCUCGGGGAUCGAACCCACUACCCUGGCGUUACAAGCGCCAUGCUCUACCAACUGAGCUACAGAAGGACCACCAUUUGACAAGACAUGAUCAGGUCAUCAAGAGUCACAUUUUUAAUGUCACAUGCACAAGUACAGUGAAAUGCCUUUAUUGCAAACUCAAAACCCAACAAUGCAAUAAUCAAAAACAAUGUAAUACUAGAAGAAGAAAAACGGACUGACGACCACCACUGAUUUCUGAAUGCUAGCUAUGCUACCAGCUUAUAGGAAUGGGAGUUAGCAUUUAGCGGUCACUUCUUCUCAACCUGAAAAGGGACAACUUCUAAAUGUUAUGCAGUGAAAACAGCCAAAUCUAUCCAAAUCGAACUUUAGUAACCACAUUGUGGGCCCGUUACAAUACAUCGAUCAUGAUGGAUUUGACAAAGAUCUACUUUGUUAGAUCAGAUUUGUUGAAUGUGAGCCAAUCCUGCGUCCUUCAAUCCCCACGGUCUGCGUUCCAUUGAGCCAAUCCUGUGUCCUUCAAUCCCCACGGUCUGCGUUCCAUUGAGCCAAUCCUGUGUCCUUCAAUCCCCACGGUCUGCGUUCCAUUGAGCCAAUCCUGCGUCCUUCAAUCCCCACGGUCUGCGUUCCAUUGAGCCAAUCCUGUGUCCUUCAAUCCCCACGGUCUGCGUUCCAUUGAGCCAAUCCUGCGUCCUUCAAUCCCCACGGUCUGCGUUCCAUUGACCUAUUUAAUGCAUCUAUUGAAAUGCUCUGGAUGGGCUGAAAUGCUGUCUACCCUGAAGACACUUUAUCCAUUGACUUUAAAUGCAUCAGUUGAAAUCCUCCUAUUAUGACAGCUUGUCUUCAAAGCUGCUACCUUACGAUACCAAUGUUCCAACUAUAAUGUUGGCUUUACUUAUAAUGAAUAAAUCAUCAUUUUGGUGGAUGCUUAUUUGUCCUGUUGUCCCACUUCCUUGAUAUAGGGUGAGGAAAAGCAGUGUCUUUAUUAUGUACAUUAUUUUACAUCACAGAUCAGAUGAACUUGCUUUAGGAAAUGCUAUGUAAACCGAUCACAGGAUAUUGUAUACAGACACGAUUUCAAGUUGCAAUCAUUGUUUAUACAAAUGAAGAAUAAAACAAGUUCCAUAGAAACAGUAAUAUGCCUGUAAUUUUGUGGGGUGGAAGGUGCCAUCAAUAGACUGUAGGACCCAUAGCUGAAUGUCAUUAAACGUUCAAAUGAAACCUU